AUGACGACCGGACCUCAUACCAAUGGCCAGAAUGGCGUCAACGGAUCCAACGGAACUGGGCGCAGCUCGCUCACGAACUAUAUUGCAUAUCAAGCUGGAGGUUCCGGGAGAAAAUCAAUUGGUCACUAUGAUCCAGAAAACGACACUAUCCAGCCGCUCGCCUUUUCCUCUGGCACUCCGCUCGAAGAUCUUUAUCAAGUCAUUCAUGUCGGAGAGUCCGGCAUCGUUACCUCUGGCGAAAGUGUGCCUGCCUCUAGCGUCAAUAUACUGCCACCAAUCAAUGGCCGAGACGUGCUAUGCGUAGGCAAGAAUUAUGCCGAACAUGCCAAAGAAUUCAACAGCUCCGGUUUCGACAGCUCCGACAAGGUCGAUCAACCUACCCAUCCUGUCAUCUUCACCAAGCGUUUCACCUCCAUCAUUGGCUCUGGUCAGGAAAUCUACCCUCAUCCUGGCUUUACUGAGACUAUCGACUACGAAGGCGAAAUUGGUGUCAUUAUCGGUAAAGCAGGUCACCAGAUCUCCGAAGAGAACGCUAUGCAACACGUCUGGGGUUAUACCAUCGUCAACGACAUGACCGCUCGUGAAAGGCAGCGCGACCAUAAGCAGUUCUACAUUGGAAAGUCACCUGACACUUUCUGUCCAAUGGUAUGUGUGCUGCUAUCUUCGACUAGACGUGAGCAACAGACUGACUAUACAUCAAGGNGCCCGAUCGCUGUACCAGCAGACAAGCUCAACAAAGUCCUGCGUGUCCAAACUAAAGUAAAUGGUGAAGUAAGACAGGAUGCCACAACAGAUGAUCUGAUUUUCAGCAUCCCUUUCCUCUUAAGAACAAUGUCUGAGGGUCAGACUCUCAUGCCUGGAGACGUGUUGGCUACUGGAACUCCUGCCGGAGUUGGACUUGGUAAAAGUCCUCCCACCUAUCUGAAAGCCGGCGACGAGGUCGAAGUCUCGGUGACUGGCCUUGGAUCUCUCAAGAACCGUAUUGGCGACCCGAAAUCUUCCAAUCCAACUGUUGCCGCUGUUCAGGAGAUGGGCAAAAUCCCAUUCUCUAAUCUCAAGGCCGUUGAUUCGAUCGGCUUGACUAAGAUCAACAACAAGUUGUUGUACUACCGCCAGCAAGGAGAUACUUCCGGAACAAACGCAGUAUUUGUCCAUGGACUAGGCGGUACAUCAGAUUAUUGGACUCCUCUGAUGGAUGCCGCCGGUCUGUCUCAAACCCACAAUCUCCACUUCCUUGAUCUCGAGGGACAUGGACUCUCUCCCACCUCUCCCCUUAGCAAACUCAGCAUUGAGUCCUUUGCAGCAGACAUCAGGGGUGUGUUUGAUCAUGCGAGUAUCUCUUCAAGCGCCACGUUGUUCGCUCACUCGAUGGGCUGCCUCAUAGCAGUCAGAUUCGUCCUAGACAACCCAGGCCUGGUGAGCAAGUUGAUCCUCGUUGGUCCACCGCCAUCACCUCUGCCCGCAGCAGCUAGCACAAAUUCGCAUGCACGCGCUCAUCUCGUGCGCACUAAGGGCAUGUCUGCCGUUGUCGACGCCAUCGUCACAGCAGGCACCUCCACCAAGACCAAGUCCCACAAUCCCCUAGCUGUCGCAGCCAUUAGACUCUCGCUGCUUGGCCAAGAUCCAGAGGGCUACGCAAAAGCGUGCUCCGCUCUUGCUGACGCGACUACAAAGCUCGACUUUGCUGCUAUCAAGCCACAGACUUUGAUCAUCACUGGAUCGGAGGACAAAGUGUCGCCACCGCAGUUGUGUGAGGGAUAUACGGCAUCGCUGCCUCAAGGCAGCUCGGUCGAAGUCCUGGAGGGUGUGGGUCACUGGCAUGUCUUUGAAUAUGUUGAGGGUGUGAAACGUGCCGUGUCUGGAUUUCUUUCGAAGUGA